AUGCCUGGGCUGUUCGAGGGCAGCGACGGACCCCUCGAGCCGGAAGAGCCUCUUCCUCCGCUCCACGCGGCAGUUGAUGCAGAAGAUGUGGACCAGGUGCGCCAAUUGGCGGUCACUGCGGACCCUGCCGAUCUGACUACCGCUCUAUCUCGAUGCUGCCAAUCUGGUAAAAUAGCCAGCGCCCAGGCUCUGCUUGAAACCGGGCGAUGUGAUAUCAACGCGGCGGUGGAGGGAGACACACUUUUAUUCCUGGCCUCGAAGAAAGCCGACUUGGCCAUAGUCAAGCUCCUACUUCAGUAUGGGGCCGAUGCCACAAUCAGAUCCAAGAACGGGCGGUUCGGAGACAAGCCCCCGGCUUUCACACCUCUCCAUGGAGUGGCAGACAGUCUGCAUCCCUACGAAAAGUUGGAAGACCUGCCCCGCUACGAAGAGCUGAUGCAGAUACUGCUGGCUGCUGGAUGCGAAAUCAAUGCACAGGAUGCCCACGGAAAUACCGCACUACUGCUCUCUGUCCACCGUGAGGUGGCCCUGAUUCUAUUUCUCUUGCAACAUGGUGCGGACCCAAAUAUCGCAGAAGACCGGGGAGGCACGUCUGCGCAUUUCUUCCACCAUCCCCUGGACCACCCCGAGUGGUUCAAGGGUCUUAUGGCGAAUGGAGCCCGCCUGGAUAUUGUUCGAAGUGGAGAUGGCUACACACCGCUGCAUGCCUAUACAUCUAAAUGUCAGCUGGGCGAUCUGUCCUUGUUCAAGCCCUUUGUAUCGGAUUGGUCGAUCACUGACGACAAUGGCAACACGCUUCUUCAUAUCGCCGCCGCGAAACAUCGGCACGGGAGCAAGACCAUAGCGGAACUGCUGAAUGUUGGUAUUGACCCGAACCAGAGGAACCAUAAAGGGCAACUGCCUAUUCACAUGGUUGAGGGAUCCGAACAAGAUAUCCAGGAUGUAUUGGACCUCUGCGCAGGCGGUGGAGAUAUCGAGGCUAAAGACUAUCGCGGAUGUACUCUGCUCACCAAGGCCAUGCGCGGCACCCCGCAGUGGAAUUGUCGCGAGCUUCUUCCCUAUCUCAUCAGCCGUGGAGCCAAUACCAACGCGCAGGAUCAUAAAGGGAACGGGGUACUAUCUUAUCUGAUCGAACCAUAUCAAUUCCGAGACGAGUACUUGGACUUUUUACUGUCCCUUGGAGCAGAUCCAAAAAUGGUAAAUUACGAAGGAGACUCGUUCCUGCACCAUCUCGCACUCAAUUUUGCUACCAUCAGCCAAGACACGGCUCUUUUAGCUAUGAUCAAACUCAUGAAGAUGGGCGUCUCCCCGACCGUUCCCAAUUUCCAAGGUCGGACGCCUCUGCAUAUGCUAUGCAGUCAAUCUUCUGACUAUUUGUUCGCGGCGACCUCAGAGGGAGGCAAAUAUGCUAUCGACCUACUCCUAGAUGCGGGUCUUGGUGCCGCACUCAACAUGAGUGACCACCAGGGAAUUCGACCUAUCCACCUUGCUGCCACCGUUUCGGAGCAACUGGUCGGUAAACUACUCGCAAGCGGGGCUGAUGCCACAGUUUCAACGAAGGAUGGCCGCAAUUUGUUGCAUAUUGCGUCAACCGCGCGUCAAAGUAACUGCAUUGGGCUGGUCUUGAACCACUGCAACUCCAAGGAGUUGGAUUCAAUGCUCAAUGCACGAUCGGAAGAUGGCAGAACACCGUUGCAUGUGGCCUGUCGCUCUGGAAGACUGGAGACAGUGAAUCUUCUCCUCGCAUACGGAGCAGAUGUCAACAUCGAGGACAAGCACAACCGUACCCCUCUAGAUGCAUGCGCCGAGUCCAUCGCCGAAGACCAGCUCUGGCAGGGGGCUGACGACCAACAGAACAUGAUGAAUACGCGCUCCGCGGCAGGUAUUUUGGUAGAUGACAAUCACCGGCCGACGCAGCCCACAUCUAAUAUGAAAAAAACACAUAACACCAAACGUCUGGGAUGGAAAGGAGAAGUCACAUCUGAAAGUUCGACAAUCGGAAUCGGACAAAUCGUACGAGCAAUGGCGUCCCACGGAGCUUUGGCGCAUGAAAAAUCGUUUGGCGUUAGUCCUAUGCAUUAUGCGGUGGCUGAGGGAAAUGAGGAAAUGGUCGUGGAAUUGGACCGGGUAUCACGAGAAAUGAGCAUUGAGGUCAAGGAUUUUAGCCCUCUCCAGACUGAAUUCUAUCUGCUGCGCUCCCAGCACCUCCCAGACCUUCUCGCGAAAGAAUUCAAGGAGUAUGUUUCUGAAAUCAAUGUGCUACCAAUGGUCUUGCUCGGCCAGCAACAGGAGGUUGCACAGGCGGUGGAAAAGAGUGCUUCUGUUAUCGAGGAUAAAUCUGCCAUGCCAGCGCUCAUGUCCUCCCUCGCAAGAUGGGGAUAUUCGGAGCUCUUUGGCCGGAUUGGGAGUACGAUGUCUGGCAAUUGGGUCAACGGCGGCUAUACCAAUUUCCGGGGCCAAAAGUCGACUCCAUAUCUUCUGGCGGCUGGUCAGCGAGACCUUCCCAAUCUAGAUGUUAUUCAGGUCAUGGUUGAGAAGUUCAACGCGGAUGUUAACAUCAGAUUUGAAGCGGGUAUGGUUGAUAAACCCACUGUACACUACCAAUCAACGAUGGCACUGGAUCGACAUUACAAGCCGGGUGACACGAUCCUUCAUCAACUGGCCCAAGGCAUACAUUGGUGGCAUGAAGGAGCCAUCCAGUACCUCCUGAAACAUGGGGCGGACCCCAAUGCCCAAAAUGAUCAAGGCAAGACGCCUCUAUGCAAUGCAGUUGCACGGGGAGAGCUGGGUGGCCACUGCCAGCUCAAAAUCACCAGAAUCUUGCUGGAGGGCGGUGCCGAUCCUAACAUCACUGCGGCGUGUGGCUAUACCCCUCUGGCUAUGUCGGCGCAUGACACCGAGUUGUUCCAAUUACUGAUCGAACAUGGAGCAUACCCUUCCCAGGAACACCCCAUGGAACUCUUUGUUGCAUUGUAUAGUUUCAACCAAGACGUGGUCUCCGCUCUUUUAGACAUGGACCUAGACUGCAACACGACUGUAUUAUCCGACGCGCAGCCACAUUGGCACACCCACCGUUUCCAAAAGGUUCCGGCAACCCACGGGCUGAUCUUGAGCCCUCUUCUCUACAUCUCAAUGGUACCAUUUAACGAAGCCAACUCCCGCGACCAAGCCUGCAGGAUGAUUAAAUUGCUAGUUGAACGCGGGGCCGAUCCCUUCCUGCCUUGCCACGAGAACCAAACGGUGCUACACGAGAUCUUCGCCAGCGGAGGAAUCAUCCAACCAUGGCUAGACAUGCCUGACCUCGACCUCGCACGACGCGACCCUGCAGGAAGAACUCUGCUGCUGGCAGCGGCCAGCUGUCUGACUGGAACCCACUCGUACGCCUGCACGGUCUCGGCGUAUCCAUUCCGAGGUGGACGCCUUGGCCCGGCGCCCUGGAAGGAGGGCGACCCCACGCGUGCAAUGAACUUGUAUGAACGAGGAGCGGAUUUGAGCGCACUAGAUUACGAAGGCAACAACGUAUUGCAUUAUCUGGCUGACCUUGACUGCUCCAAUGAUCACUUCGCGUCGAUUGAAGUUCGACGGACAUUGGCGUUGUUUGUGGAAAAAGCCCCGCAGUUGGUGCAUCGGACCAACGUGCAUGGGCAGACCCCCUGGUCGAUCGCCGAGGAGAAGAAUCUCGUGGAGUUUAUGGAGAUUUUGCAGACAGAUAAUGUGCAUGCGGAAUGA